UCGUCCAAUGGGCGCUGGGGCGGGGUCUCCUGUCAUGGCCGCCCCCGUGCUGCGGCCUUGAGCGCAGCGGUUCCGCGCCUGCCGCCGCCGAGCGCCCGUCAGCUCGUGCCGCCAUGGGCACCGUGCACGCCCGGAGUUUGGAGCCCCUUCCAGCAAGCGGGCCAGACUUUGGGGCCUUGGGAGAAGAAGCUGAAUUGGUUGAAGUCGAGCCUGAAACCAAGCAGGAAAUUCUUGAAAACAAAGAUGUGGUCGUUCAGCACGUGCAUUUUGAUGGACUUGGAAGGACCAAAGAUGACAUUAUCAUGUAUGAAAUCGCAGAUGUUUUCAAGGCUAAAAAUCUCAUUGAUGUAAUGAGAAAAUCACAUGAAGCUCGUGAAAAGUUGCUUCGUCUAGGAAUCUUUAGACAGGUAGAGGUUCUGAUUGAUACCUGUCAAGGAGAUGAUGCCCUUCCGAAUGGUUUAGAUGUAACCUUUGAGGUGACAGAAUUGAGAAGGCUAACUGGAAGCUAUAACACUAUGGUUGGCAACAAUGAAGGCAGUAUGGUACUUGGGCUCAAGUUCCCCAAUCUCUUUGGACGUGCAGAAAAGGUAACCUUCCAGUUCUCCUAUGGAACAAAAGAAACUUCCUAUGGCCUGUCAUUCUUCAAGCCACAGCCUGGAAACUUCGAAAGAAAUUUUUCAGUUAACCUGUAUAAAGUAACCGGACAGUUCCCUUGGAGUUCUCUUCGUGAAACUGAUAGAGGAAUAUCAACAGAAUUUAAUUUUCCAAUCUGGAAGACCAAUCACACACUGAAGUGGGAGGGUGUGUGGAGAGAGCUUGGCUGUCUUGCUAGAACAGCAUCCUUUUCUGUUCGAGAAGAAAGUGGACACUCUCUUAAAUCUUCUGUAUCUCAUGCCAUGGUCAUUGAUUCCCGGAACUCUUCAAUCUUGCCCAAACGAGGUGCUUUGCUGAAAAUUAAUCAGGAGCUGGCUGGAUAUACAGGUGGAGAUGUGAGCUUUCUAAAAGAAGAUUUUGAAUUGCAAUUGAAUAAGCAGCUUCUCUGGGACUCGGUUUUUUCAGCAUCACUUUGGGGUGGAAUGCUCGUACCCAUUGGAGACAAGCCGUCCAGUAUAGCUGAUAGGUUUUACCUUGGUGGACCAACGAGUGUGCGAGGAUUCAGUAUGUACAGCAUUGGACCCCAGAGUGACGGUGAUUACUUGGGAGGAGAAGCCUACUGGGCUGGAGGUUUGCAUCUCUACACUCCUCUACCUUUCCGACCAGGCCGAGGAGGGUUUGGAGACCUUUUCCGAACACAUUUCUUCCUGAAUGCCGGAAACCUCUGCAAUCUUAACUAUGGUGAUGGUCCCAAAGCUCACCUGCAGAAGCUGGCAGAGUACAUCCGAUGGUCUUACGGUGCUGGAAUAGUGCUCCGACUUGGAAACAUUGCUAGAUUAGAACUUAAUUACUGUUUCCCCAUGGGAGUACAGUCGGGUGACAGGAUAUGUGAUGGUGUUCAGUUUGGAGCAGGAAUCAGAUUCCUCUAACGUGGAAACAAUUCACAUUAAUAAUAUGAAGAUAAGCUCUCUAAUGGACAUCAAGAGUUCAGAAUAGCUUGAUACGGUCUAAUUUUUUCUUGAAAUACUGGUAGACAUCUGAAUGAUUUGCCUCCAACUCCACAAGAAACUACAUUAAAAAAUUAUGCUUUAAAAGUUCUUUGUACCUCUGAUUCUUGUCAAAGAUGGGAGAAUAUUUGUGGGAUGCUAGCUAUUUUAGUUUACAGCUUUUACUUAUCUUUUGCUUCUUAAAAUACCAGAACUUCAUUGGAGACUGGUUCUUGGAUUCUUUCCAUGUGGUUGUAGUUGUCAUUGGCCUGCGCAGCCUUCAGACUUCUAAUUGCAAGUCUCACGAGUGUUGGGAUGACCAAGCUUGUGUAUGGUCAGUUUUUUUACCAUCAUCAAAGUGCAUAAAAAUGAUUUGAUGCAAAAUUAGUGGUUAUAGGUAAAAUAAAAUGUGCUGUUUCAAAUGUGUUUCACUUCUGUAAAAUGACCUAUACUUAAGUGCCUCAUACAAUCUGAAUUGCAUACUGUAAAUGUUCAACUCCAGCUAUCUAUCAUAGUAAGUACUAAAAUCCAAGAAUAUGACAUGCUAGAGGGAAGGGAUGCAAUCCAGAGGCACCUGGACAGGCUUGAGAGGAAGUUCAUGAAGUUCAACAAGGCCAAGUACAAGGUCCUGUACCUGGGUCGGGGUAAUCCCAAGCACAGGUACAGGUUGGGCAGAGAAUGGCCUGAGAAUGUUGGUUGAUGAAAUAUUCAACAUGAGCAGGCAAUGUGUGCUUGCAGUCCAGAAAGGCAAAUGUAUCCUGGGUUGCAUCAAGAGAAGUGUCACCAGCAGGUCGAGGGAGGGGAUUCUGCCCCUCUACUGUGCUCUCAUGAGACCCCACCUGGAGUACUGCGUCCAGUUCUUGGUCCCCUACACAAGAAAGACAUUGAGCUAUUGGAGCAGGUCUAGAGGAGGGCCGUGAAGGUGAUAAGAAGGCUGGUGUACCUCCCCUACGAGAACAGGCUAAGCAAGCUGGGGCUUUUCAGCCUGGAGAAGAGAAGGCUGUAAGGAGACCUGAUAGUGGCCUUCUGGUACCUGAACAGGGCCUGAAGGAGAGCCAGGGAGGGACUUUUUAUAAGGACAUGCAGUGACAGGACAAGGGAAAACGGCUUUAAACUGAAAGAGGGUAGAUUUGGACUACAUAUGAGAAAGAAAUUCUUUACUGUGAGGGUUGUGAGACACUGGAACAGGUUGCCCAGAGAGGUUGUGAAUGUCCCCUCCCUGUAAACAUUGAAGGCCAGACUGGAUGGAAGUUUCAGCAACCUGGUCUAGAGGGAGGUGUCCCUGCCUAUAGCAGGGGGUUGGAAGAAGGUGAUCUUAAAGGUCCCUUCCAACCCAAACCAUUCUAUGAUUCUAAUUUAGCACUGACAUUGCACUCUCUUUAAAGAGACUACAAUUGUAUGCAUUACUAUUACCGCUGGUAUGUAUUGCUUUUGCAAUAAUACAGUGACUAAAUCUGGUCCUGUUGCUAGCUCACUUUCUAAAAUACAAAGCUUAGGAUAUGUCUGUGCAGAGCUCCUCUUAACAUCCUUCCCCUUUUUAUAAAGUUUUAUUAAUUUACAUAAACAGGAUCACAGAUGUUCAAAACAAAAAUUUGUGUGAAUGACAGAAGUCUAUUUCAAAUAACAUUUAAUGUAAAGAACAUCUUUUCAGUGUGUGUAUCUGACAGCCUUUAUAGCAAAUAUGUUUAACAAAGCAUUUCUGAGUUUUUGUUAUUGUAAGAUAAAAGAUGACACUAUGUUAAGAAUGUCAACAAAUGUUAGUUUUUUUCCUCCAACACCAUCCACAUUUUGACAUAGAGAAAUAUUUUUAGUGUGAAGAAUGGAAAUGUUUAGAUACCACAAUUCUGUUAGGAUUUUCUCCCAGGAGUUCGAAGUUCAUUUUGCUCAUAUUGAUAAAAUUAGAUGUAUUUUAUUGCCUUUGAACUUGGGCUUGUGGAUGUUGCUAUUAAGGUCUGCUCAAGUUCAGUCCUUUAGAUUCCUAAGCUAUCAUCGCUUGGCCAUUUAAAUGGCAAGGCAGCCUUCCUGAGUAGAAAUUGUGUCAGCUUCAGUCUCUGCACACUAGUAAGCUGGUCCACAGUUGAGAAAACUGUGAUCUCUGCAAUAGAAGAAGGAAUGGUCAGGGGAACUUUGUUAAAGGCUGAACAGAUGUUUUAAGCACAUCCACUGACAGCCUGUGCUUUACCACACACUAUAGGAUUACCAGUGAUAAUAAACUGGGGAAAAAUCACAAGCCUUUACCUGAGUCACUGUUUCCCUGCCUGUAUUGCAUUAUGUUGAAAGACCACAUUUUCCUAUGGCAUUUAAAAAUGCACAAAAUAUAGAGGAAUGCAUUCCCGUAUUCCUUUGGAACCAACAGCCAAAUCGUGCUAUUACUUGAGUAUAAUAUAGAUAAGAAUAAUUUAAUCCUUAGUCCUAUUUGAAAUUUGUUGCAGAUGUUUGUAGUCGGGAUGGAUAAGAUAGGUAGAAAGCAGAAUCCUUGCAGAACUGGCUGUAAUGCUAAACAAAACCAGUCAGUGCAUUUCUGGUCAUAGAGUGAAUGACUGGAAAAGGAUAAAUGGUGUAAGGAACGCCUGCAGUAAUAACUGCAAUUCAGAAGCAUGAUGUUUGCUUAAAUGGACAGUCUUGGAUACCACAGUACUUACAGAGAAGUUGAGCUGUUACUGCUUUUACAGCCACGGUCCCAGUUUGUGACAGUGAGAGGGUGAUAAAUAUCUGCAAGUGCUGGACCUCAUGGCUGCAGGCCCUUAAUGUUGUGUGAACAGUGCUGAGGUGGCAGGUACCAUCCGAGGCAGUUUCUUCAUCUGUGUAGUUACUUCAGUGCUUAUAGUUCCUCCUAGGGGCUGCAGAUGCAUGAUGGAGCUGCAUCCCCAAAGCUGUUCUGCACACAGCAUACGCUUUGCAGAUGGAGGGCCACUCAGCAGCUGUGUCACUGCAUGGCUGUUGGCCAGCUAGAUUGUUAAAGACUAACAAACACUUGAUGAAGUCCUGACAUAAGUUCUUCAUUUCCUAUUUAGAAGAUCACUGUUUGUUUGAACUCCACAUUUUGCUUUGAUUUUUGAAGUGUGAUCUUGCUUUCUUUUGCCAUAGAGGUUCUUUUUUUGAUCUCAAACAAUCCAGCUUCCUUUCAUUUUGCAAUAGGUUGAUAUGCUUUUAUUUAUGCAGCAAAUUGAAAAGUUUCUUUUAUAAACAAACAAGAUACCAAAGCGGGAGGUGAAUGAAUGUAUCUCUGUAGUUUUCUUUCAAUUAUUGACAGAUAUUUGCAUAUAAGUCUUUACAUUUCAAGUGCUUUACUUCGGUCAGUUCAGUUUCAUAUGUCAUUGGACUGUGCAUAGCUUGUGAACCAGCCCCUGCUUUCUUGGUUGGAGUUUGUAUUCAGCUUUUCUGAUUACAGUUUCAUAAAAAACAAUUCUGCCAUGAGAAGCAAUUGACUUUUAUUUUCUCUAGGGGUUGGAUAGCAAUAAUGCCUUAAAGCUAAGUGUAAGCUAAGACUACAGUGUUAAUGUUAUGACAUGAAACAUCCACCAUGCAGUCCUGCUGCAGAUCAACAUCUGUGUGCCUCAGUGUGACCUGUAAUUGUUGUACACAUUCGGGUUAUUUUGGAUGCACUGGAAAUUACCUCUGUAAAUGGUCUAACCUGGCAAUAGAAUGCAAAUGACUUCCUUGCUAAUUGUUUAAUUUUGCACGAUUUUUUUUUCUUCAAAAAGAUGUGUAAUAAAUGAAACGGGCAAUU